CUCCGAUUUCACCGAUCGGCCAGCCCACCGGUAAAAUAUUCAGACAGCAGCUUUUUUCGAGAUAUUCCGUGUUGUUGUGACCAUAGAGGACGAAAAGUAAAGAUGGUUCUAUAAAUCCAUCCUUUCUUAAGUUCAGAAGGAAGACCUGGUCUUGUGGGUAAACCGUUCUUGAGUUAGAAAUCGACUACUUCUGGACUCGACAGAAGCCCCCUGGCCGAGCGGGAAGAAGGAGUGGGAAGUCGCUCUGUCCACUACUGACUAUUCCGAUAUAAAUGCUGCAGCGAUGGAGUGGGGCAGCAAUGACCUGAUGUCGCCGGUGGUCCGGGAGUUGGAGGUGACGCGCGCGGCCCGCCGGAGGAGCCUGAAGAAGAAGGUGGCCUUUCCCUCUCCCAGCAGCGAGAGCCCCAGCGCUGCCGCCAUGGCCACCACCACCCCUGCCAGGUCCCUCCUGCGCACGCCGGGCUCCCUCCUCAAGAGGUCCUUCACUCCCAGGAGUGCUUUGAGGAAUCCAGACGUGUCCGCCAUCUUGGGAACCGGGGGGAGAUCCCCCCGUUACAUCCAGACGCCGAGUCGCCUCAGCAGCAUCGCGGCAAACCUGGACGACAGCGACUGGACCAACACGCUGUACGUGUCCCCCCAGCAGACCGCCACAGGAGAGGUGAGCUUCACAGAGGACGUCACCAUGAGUGCUGUCCUGCUGAAGGAAGAAGACCCUGGAGAGGCAGCGUCUAUGAGCCUGUUCCCUGACUUCCUGCAGUCGUAUCUGAGGCACUCAUCCAGUGCCAUCUUCGACCUGCUGGAGGAGUAUGAGGCCAUCUGCGGAGAGCAGGUGCGCAUGCUGCAGAAGAUCGUCCUGAGAGCCGCACCGGGGCAGAACAAGUUUUCCAAGACGGCCAGCAUGCUGUGGCUGCUGCAGCAGGAGAUGGUGACCUGGCGCCUGUUAACCUCACUCUACAGGGACAGAAUCCAGUCGGCUCUGGAGGAUGAUAUCAUGAUUGAUGUUUCUGCUCCGAACGAGAGUGAGAAGCUGCUCAUGGAACAUCUGUUUCAGAGGGAUUCUAUGGUGCGCCAGAGCCAGCUUGUCGUGGACUGGCUGGAGAGUAUCGCCAAAGAUGAAAUAGGGGAUUUUUCCGAUAACAUAGAGUUCUACGCAAAAUCAGUAUAUUGGGAGAAUACCUUGCACACGCUGAAGCUGAGGAGGACAACAGCCAACACUGGGUUCAGCCGACCCCUGGUUACCGAGCUGGACCCAGAUGCCCCACUGAGACAGAAGAGGCCCCUGGCGGACCUUGACCGCGAAGACGACGCCAGGCUGCUGAAGUACCUCUUCACUCUGGUGCGGGCUGGCAUGACCGACGAGGCACAGCGUCUGUGUAAGCGCUGCGGUCAGGCCUGGAGAGCGGCCACGCUGGAGGGCUGGAAACUCUACCAUGAUCCCAACAUCGGUGGAGGGCUGGAGCUGCAGCCGGUGGAGGGGAACCCGCAGCGCUGUGUGUGGAAGGCCUGCUGCUGGAGGAUGGCCGAAGAGGAGAGAUUCAACAGAUAUGAACGAGCGAUCUACGCUGCUCUGAGUGGAAAUCUUAAACAGCUGCUCCCCGUCUGCGAGACGUGGGAGGACAUGGUGUGGGCCUACUUCAGAGUGAUGGUGGACACGCUGGUGGAGCAGGAGAUCCGCUCCUUGGGCACGUCCAGCGACGAACUGGAGGAGCUGCCCAGAGAGUACCUGGAGGCUAAUUGGACCAUGGAGAAGGUGUUUGAGGAGCUACAGGCAACAGAGUCAAAGAGAGUACUGGACGAAACGAAAGAACACUACCACAUCAUUCAGAAGUUCAUCAUCCUGGGAGAUCUGGACGGUUUGCUCGAGGAGUUGAGUGAGUGGCUCGGUCGGGAGAGCCCAGCCCUGCCCUCACAUCUGCUGCGCUUCAUGAGUCACCUGGUCCUCUUCUACCGCAGCCUGGGCAUGCAGCUCAAGGAGGAGGUUGCUAUAGAGGUCCUGAAGGCUUAUAUCCAGCUUUUAAUCAAAGAGAAACACACAGACCUGAUUGCCUUCUAUGUCAGUCACUUGCCUCAGGAUAUGGCGGUGGCUCAGUACGCUCAGUUCCUGGAGUCCGUUACCGAGACGGAGCAGCGUAAACACUGCUUGGACCUGGCCAGGGAAGCAGGCCUCGAAGUGGCAGCUGUAACCAAAACUGUGGUGGAGAACAUUCGUGAAAGAGACACGGAGGACUUCGCUCACCACGACCUGACGCUCGCCCUGUUCACGGGCACCUCUGAGGAGGACAUGCGGAAGAUUGACGUUAUCGACUGGCUGGUGUUUGACUCCUCGCAGAGGGCCGAGGCGCUCAAGCAGAGCAACGCCAUCAUGAGGAAGUUCCUGGGCUCAAAGAAGCACGACGCUGCCAAAGAGGUAUUUGCCAAGAUCCCCGAGGACUCCAUCAGAGAAAUCCACAGGCAGUGGGAAGAGCAAGGCCUGGACAUGCCCCUCCCUGCCGAGGACGAGAACGCCAUUCGGGAGCACCUGUGCAUACGUGCUUACCUGGAAGCUCACGAGGCAUUCAAUGAGUGGUUCAAACACAUGAACGCGCCACCUCAGAAACCCACCCUCUCCUCACAGGCCAAAUACACGGAGACCGUGGCUCAUGAGAUGAAGGAGGCGGAAUACAAGAUGGAUUACAAGAACUGGAAGGAGUGUCUGGAAGCGCUGACAGAAGAUGUGAAAGAACGAAUCUACAACGUGCUGCUGUUCGUCGACGGGGGCUGGAUGGUGGAUGUCCGGGAGGAUGCCGAGGAGGACCCCGAGCGCUCGCACCAGAUGACUCUGCUGCGGCGGCUGUGCCUGCCCAUGAUGUGCUUCCUGCUGCAGACCGUCCUGCACAGCACCAAGCUGCACCAGGAGAGCCUGCGCCUGGCCGACAUCAUCGCCUCCGAGCAGCACAGGCUGUACCAGGUCUUUUCCAAGGAAGAACUGCAGAAGCUCUUACAGAAGUUGCGGGAAUCUUCCCUGCUCCUGCUGGACCAAGGCCUAGAUCCGCUGGGAUACGAGAUCCAGUCUUAAAUUGUUUGCAUUUAGUUUUUUUUUUCUUUGCUAAUGUUUUUGAACUAUAUGAAAACCAGUCAUCAAGCCAUGUCUUCAUUUUCUAUUGAAUAAAGGUGUUAACCAAUGUAAAAA